AUGGCGAUGGCCGUGGCGGGGCGCCCGGUGCUGCUGCUGCUGCUGCUGCUGCUGCUGGCGGGGACCCCGCCCUCCGCCCGCGCCUGUCCCGGGACCCCCGGCCCGGCCCCGGUGAGCCCCGGCCCGGCCGCGCCGCCGGCUCCGGCCGCCGCCGCCCUGGGAGCGCUGCUCCGGUCCCUGCGGCGCCCCGGCCGCGCCCCCGAGGCCGCCCGGCCCAGGUGGGGCUGGGGGCUGCAGGGGGGUCCCCAGGCCCGGCUCAGCCCCCGCAGCUGGGACCCCCCGGCGGCCCCGUGCUGGACCACGCAGACCCCGCAGCGCUUCGGCCGCUGA